GCUUUCUUUUCCUAUUUUCACUUGUAUCAUAUCAAAAAAGAAUAUCAAAAUUCUAGGUCUUCCAAAAUGGAAUUGCUAACCAACGACAAUACGGCCCAAGGAGAUGAAUUGCCAAUGGAACCGCAAUUAACAGAACUUUCGGAACAGUAAUCGGAUGCCAUCGCUUUUGAAGGAAAUUCACUUGCCCAAGCAGAAAAACAUCCUGGAAACGCUAAAGAACUUUUGGCAGGAAAACAAGAGCCACGAUUUCCUGGUUCGGAUCGGGGACCAUGAUUAUCCCUGCCAUCGUCUGGUUCUAAUGGUCUACGUGGAUCUCGUAAGGCAGAAAUUAGAUAAAUGUGAACUGCAAUUACCAGAGAACUCAGUUAGACCGGAGACCUUUGAACUGAUAUAUGACUGGAUGAGUGAUCGGACACCGCUGGUGAAGCGUCCAGGAAUUGUUCACCUCCUGUUGGCGGCGGAUUAUCUGAAAAUAGAGAGGUUGUCCUCCCAGAUUUGGCACUGUUUGGACCAGGACUCGGGUUUCGGUGAGGAUCAGGCCAUUCAGGUGGCCCUGGAUGCCAUGCCCUUCAAGGAUCUGAAUCGUUUGCAUUUCCUGAUGCUGCAUCGGAUACAGUACUUCUUCCUGGUCUUUGUAUCCUCCAUUGAGUUCCUCGACUUGCCCGUCAAAAGCCUCAUCUUUCUGCUCUCCUCGAACGAUAUAAGGAUCAACAGUGAGGCGGAGGUUUUCUACGCCGCCAUCCGCUGGCUGAAUCACGAAUGGCCCACCCGUCAGAUUCACGCGAUGGAGGUCAUGGAAAGGGUGCGAAUCAGCAGGAUGCCCAGCGAACUGCUCCAAGCAUUCGAGUUACCGGUGGACGACAUUCGUGUGGAGCGCAUCAUCGAGCUGCCGGAACUAAGACCGCUCAUAGAAAAGGGCAGCUUCGACCAAGUGGCCAUGCAGUUUGACGACGGAACGAAAAUGUAUAAUCAGAUUUAUGAGAUCUUCGACGUGACAGUAUUGCAACCACGGCGCUUCAUCUGUCACGAUUUGGCACCUUACCACAAACCGGGGCCGAAUUCACCUGACCAGGUGUUCAGGUACUCGGACUUCCUUGGCUACCUGGGCGUCCUGCAGACCCUGCCUUUGGACUCCUUGAAGCUCCUCGAAAAGCCCCUCUGAUGGCCCAAAUGGCAUUGAAUCCCCCAGGAUUCCUCGCCGCUCCUCUCCUGCCCUGCGACCUCGGUGAUGAUGAUGAUGCUGUGGCUGUGCAAGAUGACAGCGAUCGUUCUGCGAGGCAGUUACACCAAAUUUGCAUUACCUGGGCAGGUGUGUUCCUGCCUCCACUUCUCCGACGAAUUUAAUGCCAGUCGCGUUCCUAACGAGAGCGGAUUGAAAAGUUUGUGCCAAUGUACGAGCCGUUGUGCUGUAAAAGCAAGCCAAUGUCUUGAAAAUUUGUACAGAUUUAUUAAAUUGACAAUUUUGUAGACGUUUUGAUUUA